AUGGCAAGCAACUACAAUAUAGAAAAUCCAGCUGGAAAGUUUGCAAAGGAUUAUCCAUUGGCAGCUUUUAUUCUUCUUCUAAUCGGCUUUUUACUUCAAGCCUUGUGUUGUUAUGGCUGUUAUCUUGCGUGCUGCAAAAAGAGACGUUCUCCAGGUUUAGUGAGCCCGGUUGCAAGCACACCUCCAACAGCUGUCCAUCAUACACAACCAAAGCAAUAUCAAUAUCCGGCACCACAAUUCGCAGAACCUCAAUACGCUGAAGCUGGCCCACAAUAUGCUAGGCCACAAUAUGUCAACCCAGCCUAUCAACAACCGUAUUAUUACACUAUUCAU